AUGGCUGCUGAUAAAUUGAAUGGGAUACUUAAACCAAACAUAAAAACUCCAAGUAAAGCAAGUACGACUAAGAAACAUAAGGCUUCUGGUCUCAAGUCUCAAGUUGGAACUACUAGCAGAUUCAGAGGAUGCUUCCAUUGUGGGAAGACAGGUAACAGAUGGCAUCGAUGCUUCAAACGGAAGAAGAAGAUUCAAUUGCUUUGGAGUUUGAAAAAGUGUUGGGUAUGGGUGACUAAGAAGAAUCUUUAUGGAAAGAUGUCUGGAGAAUUAGAACAUUUCAACUACAAGAAUGCGUACUCUAGUUUUAACAAAGCUGGUCGAAUGAGCUACUCUGCAUCAGGAGUGAAGGAUCAUCAACCUGUGGUAAACAUGGCUUCCAUAGUGACUUAUUUGUGA